AUUCAGUUUCCGCAUUUGUUUACAAAAUACAAAAAGUUUUUGUGAUUAUUUAUAAAUUUUGUUUAAUUUUAACAAAAAACGAGUGGUAUUUAAAGUGUUUUUAAUUACUAAAUAGCAAUAACCAUCAAUCAUGACUGAUUACUGGAAAUCAAAUGAAAAGAAGUACUGUGACUUCUGCAAGUGCUGGAUAAGUGACAACAAGGCGAGUAUAGCUUUCCAUGAAAGCGGUAAAAGGCACAAGGCCAGUGUGGCCAAACGCAUCACUGACAUUAGUCGGAGUAGCGAAAAAUCCGAAAAGGAACGUCAAAAAAUGGACAUGGAAAUUCGUAAAAUGGAAGAGGCCGCCUUGAGAUCUUAUGCCAUGGAUAUACAUUCCAAAGGUGACAUGACUGCAAGGUCUGUUUCUUCAGUCAUGAGUGUUGCAGGUGCAUCAGGUAGUCAUUUAAGUGGCGGAAGGGGUGGAAGAAGGCCGGGCCAAAUAGAUCCGAUGCGAUUGCCUGGUAGCUCAGAUGAAGAAGGCGACGAUAAUGACUCACUUCGGCCAACAGUUGGCAAAGUUCCAGAUCCAGAAAGUGUUCCUAAUGCUUCGUUAUGGGUACAGGCUAAAUCAGACGAAGGUCACAUAUACUAUUGGAAUGUCAAAACAAACGAAUCGGUUUGGACAGAACCCAAAGAAGGUUUUCUUUCAAUCGAGGAGUACGAUAAGAUCAAUAAAAUAGCUGAGGCCCAACAAGAGAUUCAAAUGCAGCAGGAAGCUAAAGAAUUCCAAAAGAACGCCCCCGAAGAAGUUGCAAAGUAUAAUCGUGAACGACUAAAAAUGUAUCGUCGAAAGGAUCCGAUUGAGGAGACUGCCAAAGAAGAAAAACGACAAACAUUUAAGACCGAAGAGGAAUCUAAAACGCCAGAGAUUGGGGCAUGGGUAACUGUGGAGAAAAAACCAGAAGAAAAACCAAUCAAUUGGGAGCUACCAGUAUCGAAUAAUUAUUAUGUUCCACCUGUAGUAUCAGAAAUUCCUUAUGAACCUCCCGUAAAAAGAUUCAAAGAGAAGACUAUUGAGAGCCUUGAUCCAAGUGUGGCGAUAGGUGUACCUACAGCCUUCAAAAAACGAAAGUUUGCCGCCAAAGGAAACGCUCGCCAACGAUUGCCUGAUGAUAAUGAAUGAAAAUCCAAUAUGUUUUUUUUUUCAAAU